CUCCUUGUUUUUCUGCUUCUUUUUCCCUCUCAAAGGUGAAAAAGAACGAAGAAUUCCUUCGUAGAAGACUCCUCUCUCUCUCUCCGUUCUCUGUGUGGGGGGUGAGGAGGAAAUGGCGGUGGAACACAAGUGUUGCUCGACGGAGUUCUUCCUCUACAUCGUCAUCAUCAUCCUGCUUGUCUUGUUCGCCGGCCUCAUGUCCGGCCUCACCCUCGGCCUCAUGUCCCUCAGCCUGGUCGAUUUGGAGGUCCUCUCCAAGUCCGGCACGCCGCAGGACCGCAAGCAUGCCGAAAAAAUACUGCCUGUUGUCAAGAACCAGCAUUUGUUGCUAUGCACCCUUCUUAUCUGCAAUGCUGCUGCAAUGGAGGCACUUCCUAUAUUUUUGGAUGGACUAGUUUCAGCAUGGGGUGCUAUUUUGAUUUCAGUAACCUUGAUACUUAUGUUUGGAGAGAUAUUACCACAGUCUGUCUGCUCAAGGUAUGGUUUAGCCGUCGGGGCAGCAGUAACACCAGUGGUUCGGUUGCUUGUUUGGAUCUGCUUUCCUGUAGCAUAUCCAAUAAGCAAGCUAUUGGACUACCUACUGGGUAAGGGACAUGUAGCUCUUUUUCGUAGAGCUGAGCUGAAGACACUUGUCAACUUACAUGGGAAUGAGGCAGGGAAAGGUGGCGAGCUUACUCAUGAUGAGACAACAAUCAUAGCUGGAGCACUUGAGCUAACAGAGAAAACUGCAAAAGAUUCUAUGACUCCUAUUUCUGAAACUUUUACCAUUGAUAUCAAUGCGAAACUCGAUAGUUCUCUAAUGCAGUUAAUAUUGGACAAAGGGCAUAGCAGAGUCCCAGUAUACUAUGAGCAACCAACAAAUAUAAUCGGACUGAUUCUGGUGAAGAAUUUAUUAUCUAUACAUCCAGCAGAUGAGGUGCCGGUUAAGAACGUUACUAUCCGCAAAAUUCCUCGGGUUCCUGAAAACAUGCCCUUGUAUGACAUUUUGAACGAGUUUCAGAAAGGUCACAGUCACAUGGCUGUUGUUGUAAGACCACGCGAAUCAUGUGAACAAGCUGAUGAUCCAGUAAGGGACCUACAUGUGAAUAUUGACGGUGAUACUGCUGCUCCUAGCCAAGAAAAGAAUGUCAAAACCCCAAGACAGCUGCAAAAGAUAAAGAGUCUGCCUUCCUUUUCCCACCGAGGCACCCCAAGAGGCAAAAAAUGGACGAGAGAUGUCUUUGCAGAUGUUCUUCAUAUUGAAGAUAAUCCUCUGCCAAAGGUCAGCGAAGAAGAAGAAGCUGUGGGCAUAAUUACAAUGGAAGAUGUCAUUGAAGAGCUCCUGCAGGAGGAGAUCUUUGAUGAGACGGAUUGUCGUGAUGAUUCGUGACGCCUGCUUGGUCUGGGUGACUUACAGUAACCCUUUUUUUUUCCAGUAUUUGUUAUACUGACGACUUUUUUGUCGGUGUUGUAUGCAUGGAAGUGGUAUCUCUCGGAAUGGAUAUUGUACAGACGGUGGAUAUGAAACGGAGUUACUGAAACUUGUACA